GCGUCUCAUCCUUUCCGAGCCGGCCUCUGAGGACAUUGUGAUUCCAUUCCGGGAACUACAUCGAAUUUCUUCAAAAAGUAGAGGAACGUAGUGACUUGGAAAAUCAUGAAGAAGAAAUACUUGAAUUUGGGUUAUCAGAACCUGUGUAUAAUCAAAAUCGAAAAUGAUGUUGGUGUUCAAAGUGAAAUAGAUUCCAUUGGCAUGGUAUCAGAUGAGGUUCAUGUACAAUCAGGAACUUCAGUAAAGAAAGAUGAAACUGAGAUGAUGAAUAUAAGAACUGAGGAAGUUGCUGAUACACAAGAAGAGGAGGAUCCUAUAACAAAACAUCCAUUAAUAAAGUGUGAACAUACGGACUCCAUGAAUUUACAGAAAGUUGUACCUGAUUCUUAUGGUGAAACGAGUCUCGAGAUUUGUUAUGAUGACAAUCAAGUCAUCGAUAUCAAAGUUGAGGAUGUCGGAGGUGUGAAAAAGGAGGAGGAGAAUCCUGGCUACAUCGCGGGACACAUACCUGACAUAUAUUUGUCAUUUCCCUGAGUUUUCCUUCUAACUGUGAGAAUCUACCUGUAUCUUUAAAGUUCUACCUGUGUCUCAGUUUAUGAAAAAGGUAAAGACGGUGGAGUUA